GUCAAAAUGGCUGCCCCAAGGAAGCCAGCACCGCGCAGCUAGUAAGGGUUGGGAACAAGGUUCUGCGGGAAAGGGGGAAGGGGCUCUCGGAAGAGCCGUCGCCAGAACCGUAGGCAGGACUAUCGUCCCCCCGAGCUGCACAGCUUUCAGUUUCUAAUUAUAGGCACCCCUUGGCAUAACUUUUGAACUAUCUGGAAAAAUACUGGCCAGGAAAAAAAAAUGAUAAAAUUUUUCCUCAUGGUGAACAAACAAGGACAGACCCGACUUUCUAAAUACUAUGAACAUGUGGAGAUCAAUAAGCGUACACUUCUGGAAACGGAAGUCAUAAAGAGCUGUCUCUCCCGAUCCAAUGAACAGUGCUCUUUCAUCGAAUUUAAGGAUUUUAAGCUGAUCUAUCGACAGUAUGCAGCUCUCUUCAUUGUGGUUGGAGUUAAUGAUACUGAGAAUGAGAUGGCCAUUUAUGAAUUCAUCCAUAACUUUGUGGAAGUGUUAGAUGAGUACUUCAGCAGAGUGAGUGAAUUAGAUGUAUCCUUUUUCAAAGCUGUGAGCCAGGUUUUCCUCAGUUCUUGGCAAAGUACAGGCUCGUCCUGAUCAGGGGCUAUGGAAAUACUGGCAAGAAGAACAAAGAAUUUCUCCAGGGAAGCCAUCCAACACCGAAGUGGCAGCUUCUAAAUAAACUGAAAUUAUCUCCAUGUUCUCUCAAAAAGGUCACAAUAAUGAAGUCAUUACCAAAGGAUUUCUUUUGAGGUAUGAUGGAGUAUGUGAUUACCUCAGGAAUGACUUGAUAAUGUCAGAUAAGAGUAAACUAGGUCCCCUCUCCCUGAAAGUUAUUUAGAAUCACAGGAUUUGAGUACUUUAAAGCUAGAAGAAAACUGCACCAUCGGCAGGUUAAAACCUCAUUUUUUAGAUGACAAGGCUGAAGCUUGUACCAGUCUCUGGGUUUCCAGAGCUAUUAAGUUAGAUACAGGGGUGCCUGCUUGGGUGGCUCAGUCAGUUGAGCAUCUGCCUUCAGCUCAGGUCGUGAUCCCAGGGUCCUGGGACCCAGCCCUGUAUCAGGCUCCCUUUUCAGCGGGGACCCUGCUUCUCCCUCUGCCUGCUGCUCCCCCCAGCUUGUGCUCUCUGUCAAAUAAAUAGAAUCUAAAAAAAAUAAAAUAAAAUUAGAUCUAAGAUUUAAUUAGACAUGUUUAUUUAAAAUGUGUUAUUAUCUGGAGUAGAUUGUGGCAAUUUAGUUUCUAACAAAACAUUUGUAAAGUGCUUGUCACCAUGCUACCUUGGUGUUGUCGAAGUUUUUCCUCAAGUAGAAAACACUAGACUUUGGUUGGAGGAGUCAGAUUUGAUGAAAGAGAGUAUCUGAAGGUCUUGAUAAGACCAUGCUCUCCAAAAGUGGAGUUCACAUUUAGUUUUUUUUCAAGUAGGCUCCACGACCAGCUUGGAGCCCAAUGCGGAGCUUGAACUCACCACCCUGAGAUCAAGACCUGAGCUGAGAUCAAGAGUUGGACACCCAACUGACUAAGCCACCCAGGCACCCCCACAUUUAGUAAUUUCUAAACAUCCUUUUCUAAUUUCUAAACGUAUUUUUUAAAAUAUGUAGACUGAAAGCAGGGCUGCAAAGGGUGAGAGCUGGCCCAUGCAGCUUGUGCAGUCUUUGGAAAGGGCAGGCACUGAGAGGCAAGGGGAACAAAACCAUCUCAGCAUGAGAACUGCGCUCAGUGCUGUCAUGAGUGAAGAGUCUGAGGAUUAUGAACAGUCCCCGAGGGAGUCAGCCAUUUACCUGGGAAAGGGAUGUGAAGGUUCCAGAUUGAACAGUCCUGCCUUCUGGGCUUCUCUGGUUCUCGCUGGCCUUUGUCGUCUCGGUAUUUCCUUGAACCGCAUCCUGUAGGUGUCAUAAGCAUCCACUCCUCCCCUCCCCGCCAGGUCCCUCUGCCUGACACUCACUCCUUUCGCUCCAUGCUUCCAGGUUCUGUUUGUUUUACUUAGGAAUAGUGACAGCAAAUUAGGAGGAGCAACAGAGGAGAAAAGCCAGAGAAACUGAUACGCUCAUUUGACCCGAUGCUUUCAUACUUGUGUAAUUUUACAUAAAUCUGUAUUAACUUAAAAAAAUUACACCUGGCUGUCUUGUUGCUCUCAGAAUACGAAUGGGCCUUUAAGGGAAAACUCAUUAAAAAAAAAAAAAAGAUAAGCUCCUUUUCAGUGGCCUAAUUAACAAGGGGCAAUACCAAGCCUAAAAGUAGACAGCAGACUGUAUUACGAGGAGAGUAUACCCGGGACUGCGCACGGUAUUCAUGGGGGUAGUCUUCUAUACAGGAGUAGUCGAUUUUCUGGGGAAAAUCGGGGAAAUGUGAACACAAAGGCCCUUCACAUUUUAUCUGAUUUCAUGGCAAACUGAAUUAAAGUAUAAAUAUGAGAGCAAGUUUUUCCCCACCCCCCCUUAGUUUAUCUAGAACUUGGCUUAGGUAGGAUCUUAAAAAAGAAAAAUAAAUCAAAAAAGAAGACAAGGGAUCUGAGACCAAAAUCUUGAGUUAGAAAUUUUAGUUUCUAGGCUGGGCUGUGCCUGGAAAUUGCUUUUAAGGUCCCAUUCAAAUGUAUGCUGCUCAAUAUUCUCUUAUUUAAGGAUAACUAGACCAUCACAGGGGUAUUAAAAUACAAUAUUGAAAAAGGGAUUUAUGAUCCAGAGACCAAAAUUCCAAUGUAGGAACCAGAAAUAUUUCAAGCACUUUAAUUAAAAAAUUGGUUUCAAGUGGCACUAGCAUUACUGGGGUCCUGAGAUGCUCAGCUUCAAUUCACAUUACAUAGCAAUUCAGAAAGGCUCUUGGGUUUCAGGACUGGGAGAAAAGGGGGGCUUUCUGAGACGCUGUCUAUAGUUUGUAUCAGUUCCAACCAUAGGGUGCCCAAGUUGCCUUAACGAUCUUUAAGUCAGUCAAGUUCAGUAUAACCCAAAGGUAGGACCCUCUUGACAUAGUCAUUCUUAGCUUACCACAUUAAUAGACCAACAGCCUGGACGUUUCUUGCUUCAUCCUAUUCCAGAUGUCAGGGUUGAAGCAUGUUUGCCUGUUUAUUGCCAUGGGGCUUUGCAUAUACGGCAUUUUUUUGGUCCCUGACAUGUAGCCCAAAUGCCAUUACUCUUGGCUUCACCAGUGUGCACAAGUUGCUUAUAAACCAAAUCAAGAUGUAAACAACAGCUGGAUUCUUCUUUUAAAGGAGUCACAUGAUUCCAGGGGGAAAUCAGCUUUCAGGAGUUUGCCUCACUUUGGAUUUGGUCUGUGGUUUCCCUAUAUAGUGCCAGAAAGCUACAUGGUUAUUAAGGGUUUGAAUCAGCUACUCAGAGGGGCAGUCACAUGCCCACAGUACAGAAUGACCUUACUCAGCAACUCAUGUUUCUAGGAUGUUGGGAAAUUCAGACUUGCUGCGAGACCUUGUCCUUACAAGGUGAGGAUGUCAGUGGCUGAUAUGAUUUAGCAGCAAAUUCUAAUAUGAAUUUCAAAACUGGCCUCUUGCUCAAGGAGACAUCUGAAUUUUAGAUCAUCUACUUGCCACAGUCUUCAGAGCAGCUUAAUCCCUGAACCAAUUCCAACAGAAUGGAUAAAAAUUACAUCUUCUCUCUCCAAGAAAAUCAUCUUAGAUGAGUUGGCAUUUUCAACACACCAAGGCUUUCAUUGCCCUUAGUGAACAUGCCAGGGGGGGUUCUGCAGGCCAUUCUUCAUGCAGCCACCUGUUCUUCCCAACUCCGCUUCUUUGUACCCAGUUGACAUUUCCACUUUGUUUGGCUUCUCAGUUCUGGCUUCUGGGUCUGACUGAGUCAAGGGCCUAAUAUUCCAGUCCCAAUUUGGUCAUGGACAAAGAAAUCAUCUAUAUAAUUGGAAGACAUUAUUAAUUGGUGUAUCAGAGUAAAAGUUUUCUUUUUUUUUUUUUUUUCCUUUUCUGGGUCACUUAAGGACAGUUCCCAUGGGCUCCUGAAAAACAGUUUAUUCUGCUAGAGGACUAUUUGCACAGAACUUAAUGAGAUAUUAAUGCAGAGCCUAAUAGAAACCUAAAAGUCAUUCACAGGGUUGUCUCAUUUUCUACAGACGUACUUCACUAAACAAAUACAAUAUAGACUUGAACAUCUGGAAUUAUUGAAAAAAAUCAGGUGGUAACAAGUCACUUCACAAAGAUUCACUAUUAAUUAUGAACUUCCCUAGUGCAUUUAAGUCACUCACUCAUUUGUUGAAGUUUGUCUAUUUGAAACAAUCUGUUUCAAUCAGCUGGUUUUUUUUUUUCAAACAGACCAGAACCAUUUUCUUUAAAUAGAGAUGGAAAUAAGCUAUGAAAGUGUAGAAUUCAGAAGCAUUCAAUAUUGUCAUCAUCUCAUUCUAGUUCCCCUUCUCCUUUCACAAAAGACAAGUCUUCUGAAGGGGCUCCUGAGGGGGAAGAAUUUGGCUCUUUCCAAUCAGCUAGACCUCCUAGUCUAACAACAUUUUUAUCUUCCCCCAUGCCUUAUACUAACUUUCCACUAGGAACAUUAGUACACUGAAGGGGCUCCAUAAUCCUCAAAUGAGUAUUUUUAGAACUGUUCAUUCAUGCAAGAUACUCUCAUGAAUCUCAGAAUUUUUAUCUACUUGGGAAUUAGCAUUGCCUUGCCUUCUUCAUUCAUAUCUACUCGGUGAUUUUUUUCUUCAGUCUGAGAGAAAACAUAGCUUAAGACGUGAGGUUUUGUGUAGGCAUUUGGUUUGGGAUGGAGGUUUGAGGGCUGAGGGAGGGUGUAUACUCAGUAGCUGCAGGCCCCUCCUGAGAAGUCUGGAAGUAGAACCAUCAAGCCAAAGCUGUGGGCUUAAAUUCCAGCUCUGGCAAUUAUCAGCCACGUGACCUUGGACAAUGGCUUUGAACCUGUUUGCUCCCGUGUGAAAUUAGAAUAAUAUGUAACAUUUAUAUCACGGGGUUGUAGAGAAGACUGAAAAACUUAUGUAAAACACUCAACACAAUGCCUGAAACAUUGUGGCUAUUACUGUUGAUGUUAUUAGUGUCUGGAAAGACAACACUGUUCUUGUCAGGUAUGCUCUUGCCAGUGUCACUAGCUUUUUCUCUAGUCCUUUGUAGAGUCGCUUUCCCUCCGGCUAAAAGGUAUAGUAGCUAUUCUAUUUCUGUGUCUACUGGCCAGUUAACUUAACCAAGGUGAAACUAGGUGUUAUGUGUACAUGAAGGUAAUUAUUUCUAACAUGGACACAAAUUUUACAUCUAAUUUCAGAAGUUCUGUAAAAAAAACAAAACCAAAUACACGUUCAUGCUUAGACAAAUUUACGUGGGAAAAAUUAUAGGCUAAGUCAUAAGUUAUUAUUUAAUGUUACAUGUUAACAUUUUUGUAACU